AUGGAGCAUGUUGGCGCUACAACGACAGAUGCGGAAAAGGCAACCGAGGAGCAGCAAGUUGAUCAGAGUGACAUUGAGCAGGCUCUGGAACAGCACAGAAGCUCCAAAUCACAAAGAACGAAGCCACAAAUUUUGAAGACAUCCGAGAGGAGGCGUAUUCAGAAUCGCGCGGCACAAAAGACUUAUCGAGAAAAGCAGAAGAGACGACUGCAGGCUCUAGAGUUAUAUGCCAAGUCCCAUACGACUGUUUCUCAGGAUGAAGCAGCCUUCUCCACCCCAACGUCCGCUGUUGGCCAAGAUGUAGCUGGUAUGCUUGGCAUAGAUUCGCCAAUCAUGGGGCUACCAGAGUUAUUGCAACAUCAUAGUCUCCCAAUCCCCGACAUUGGCAUAAAUGAUCUUGUAAGCUGCGACCCAAGCCUUGAUGCAGCUCCUUCAAGUCGCCUAGCCGGUGGACCCGUCCCAAUAUACGGCGAAUACAUACCGAGCAGUAACUUCCAGGGGAAUAAUGUUCAAAAUCCCAGCAAACCAUUUCAGGAGGAAUUCUUCUCAGCGUCUGAAAAUAGGCCCACAUCUAUUGCCGGCUCAAAUGCCAUCACCCCAGAGAGCAGCCUCGGUUCAUUCAAUGUACAGCACAGCUAUGGGCAAGCACACGGUGACGGCGCGCCAAACGGCGACUCACAUAAUGACGGCGAUGCGGAUAGUUUACUUGCACAGUUUCUCUUGCAAGACGAUGUUACCCUAAGUAGAGGUCUGCUUAGGGAUAUACGGAAACACAAGGUUACUCUAAGAGACGUGCUAAGGCUGGGCCUUCAGUCGCUGGAGGGCAGGCCAUCCAGCACAGCAGGAAGCAUGAGAGUGACUGAGAGCUCAUUACAACAGCGUGCAUAUUUACAACUCCCCGACCUUCAUACCAACACAAUUCGCCUCACGCAAAUGUCAUUUGUAGCAGCUGUUUUACACAACGCUUCUAUGCUUGGCAUAACGGCAUCCGAGAUUUUUUCACAUGAUACCGAAUCCUAUUUUUGCAUCAGCAGAGGAGCAUCAGAUGCAUCAAAGCAUGCCACUCAAGAGCCCACGCUCGACCACAUUAAAGAGCACUUGAAACCCACCCAGAACCAACUCACACAUCGCCAUCACCCUUAUAUAGACACUCUCCCAUUUCGAGCCUUUCGCGACAGAUUAAUAGCGGUGAUUCAAGCUCAGCCUCCUAUAAUCAACAUGCCAGAGCUCUGUCACGAUUUGCAGAGUGAUGGGGUCAUAUGCUGGGGGUCCAGCGCAGGGGCUGGGACUGGCCAUUCUGGAGCUCCGUGGGACAUUCGAAGCUGGGAAGUGCGGCCGUGGUUUUUGAAGAAGUGGUGGAUGUUGACGGAGGGCGCAGAGGGGGAGAUGUAUCAACAGGCGAGGUGGUGGUGUGAGAUGAGAGGCGAGGAUAUGCCAGCUGUUUGGUGA